ACUAUAGAGUUUAUAAAGUCCAUAAAGUCCACAUUUAUCAUCAGUCUGGAGUUUCUCCUAGAACUCUAAAUUUAUGAUGGAACCAUUGAAACAUGAAUCUUUAUCACUAAAAACAAUCAUUUUGGUUCUUUCAUAGAUUAUUAAAGGUCUUCUGGGUCAUAAAUACACAAACAGCAACUUGGAUUAUCAGUUUUGUUGAUGUAGAAAGUUGUGUUGAUUUAAUUUAUUUAGUUUCGUGACCUCUUAACUCCUCCUGAGUGAUUCCAGUCAACUACAGCUGCUGACUCCUCUGAUCCAGUUUAAAUAGAACCAUUAGAUCCACUCAUUAGACUCAAACACUACAGAGGGAAAGUCUGAGGAGCUCAGCAAAGAUCUGAAGAAGAAAAUCAUUGACUUGAACUCAAAAGUUGCCCAAGUUGUUGCAAAAAUUGCCCAAAAUUGACUCAAAACAGCCUAAACUGACUGAAGAGACACCUACACGAACAUAAAUUCACUCAACAAUUGUCCAAAGUGACUAAAAACCUGUCUACAAUUAUUAAAAACCUGCCCAAACCGGUGCAAAAAUUGACCAAAUUACCUCAAAAAUUGCCCAAAUUGACUCAAAAAUAGUCCAAAGUGGCUGGAAAAAUGUUUAAAAAUAUUCAGAAGUUGCCUGAGAUGAUGGAAAAAUGGUCCAAAUUGACUGAAACUUGGACUAAAAUUAAUAAAAACAUUUGCCCAAAUCGACCAAAGCUGUCAAAUUGAGUAAAAAUGGUCCAAACUGACUGAUGGAGACAGCUACAUUGACUCAUAAAUUCACUCAGCAUGAGCUGAGAGGAUCCAUGAAGAAGGAAGUUCUUCCUCUUGUUCUGGACCAGGACUGGUUUUAGAUGGUCUUGGACUAUUUUAGGAGUAGUUUAGGUUUGGGUUUAGUUAGGUUUUACGCCUUUUUUAAAAAAUGUUUUUUAUGACCAGUCAAGGACCGGUUUCAGACUGCAUCUUGGCCAGUUUUUGGACUUUUUUUAGGAGUAGUUUAGGUUUGGUUUUGGUUCCAAUAUUGUACUGGUUUUUGACUGGUUUAAGACUGGUUUCAGACUGUCUUGGGUGGGUCUUGGUCUUUUUUAGGAGUAACUGAGGUUUAGUUUUGGUCCCAGUUUUGCACAGGUUUUGGACUUUGUUCAGACUAGUUUACUGCUGGUUAAGGACUGUAUUUUGGCCAGUUUAUGGACUGGUUGUUGACUUUUUUAGGACUGGUCCCAGACUGUUUCUAAAACGGGUUUUGGUUUUGGAUUGUUUUCAAACCGUAUUUGGACUGGUUUAUUACUGGUUUUUAUGACUGUUAGGGACUGGUUUCAGACUGCAUCUUGGCCAGUUUUUGGACUUUUUUUUGGAGUAGUUCAGGUUUGGUUUUGGUCCCGAUUUUGCACUUUUGAUAAUCUUUUUUAGGACUGGUUUCAGACUGCCUUCUGCAGGGUCUUGGACUUUUUAAGGAGUAAUGGUUUUUGGUUCCAGUUUUGUACUGGUUUUUGACUUUUUCGGACUAGUCUACUUGUGGUUAAGGACUGGUUUUAGACCGUCGUGAAAGGUCUUACACUUUUAAAACCCCAAGAACACCAAACCUACCAUCAAGCAUGGUGGUGGCAGUAUCAUGCUCUGUAGAACUGGAGCUUUCCACAAAGUAAAUGGAAUAAUGAAGAAGGAUGAUCACCUCCAUGUUCUUCAGGAAAACCUAAAAUCAUCAGCAGAAGGUUGAUCUUGGACACAGUUGGAUGUUUCAACCAGACAAUGAGCCCAAACACACAUCAGACGUGGUAAAGAAAUGGUUCCAUCAGGCUAGAAUGAAGGUUCUAGACUGGUCUCCCCAAAGUCCAGACUUAGACCCAUCAAGAACCUGAAGAACCAAGUCUGAAAAACCACUAAUUUAGUGGAACAGCACCAAUUCUGGUGCAGUUCCACUAAAUUUGUUGUCUGUCUGUCUCAGAUUUGAGUCAGUUAAAUUGAUAGUAUAAUGAUACCACCACCUCCAGGCUUGACAGUAGGUAUAGAGUCCAGAGGAGUCGAAGAUAAACCAGAAGAUUGAAACCAGAAGAACCCAACUGACGAGAAAAUGGACAGAUUUCACAAAAUUUUAACAUUUCUGUUUGUAUAUUUAUAUUUUUUAAUAUCUUUAAUAAACGUGUAAAGGAACCAAACUAAUGGUUGUGUGUUUGUGUGUCUGGUUGUGUUUGUUUGUGUGUGUUUGUGUGUCUGGUUGUGUUUGUUUUUGUGUGUCUGGUUGUGUUUGUUUUUGUGUGUUUGUGUGUCUGGUUGUGUUUGUGUGUCUGGUUGUGUUUGUUUUUGUGUGUCUGGUUGUGUUUGUUUUUGUGUGUUUGUGUGUCUGGUUGUGUUUGUGUGUCUGGUUGUGUUUAUUUGUGUAUGUCGGGUUGUGUCUGGUUGUGUCUGGUGUUUGUGUGUCCUCAGGUCCAGUGUGGGUUUCGUCUGGUUGUGUCUGGUUGUGUGUGUUUGUGUGUCUGGUUGUGUGUGUUUGUGUGUCUGGUUGUGUGUGUGUUUGUGUGUCUGGUUGUGUCUGGCUGUGUCUGUUUGUGUGUGUUUGUGUGUCUGGUUGUGUCUGGUUGUGUGUGUGUGUGUUUGUGUUUCUGAUUGUGUCUGGUUGUGUGUGUGUUUCUGAUUGUGUGUGUGUUUGUGUGUCCUCAGGUCCAGUGUGGGUUUCGUCUGGUUGUGUGUGGUUGUGUGUCUGGUUGUGUGUGUGUUUGUGCUUCUGGUUGUGUGUGUGUUUGUGCUUCUGGUUGUGUGUGUGUUUGUGUGUCUGGUUGUGUGUGUGUUUGUGUGUCUGGUUGUGUGUAUGUGUGUUGGUGUGUCUGAUUGUGUGUGUGUUUGUGUGUCUGGUUGUGUGUGUGUUUGUGUUUCUAGUUGUGUGUGUGUUUGUGUGUCUGGUUGUGUGCGUGUUUGUGUGUCUGGUUGUGUUUGUUUGUGUGUGUUUGUGUGUCCUCAGGUCCAGUGUGUGUUUGUGUGUCUGGUUGUGUCUGUGUGUGUUUGUGUGUCUGGUUGUGUGUGUGUGUGUUUGUGUGUCUGGCUGUGUUUGUUUGUAUGUGUGUUUGUGUGUCCUCAGUUCCAGUGUGGGUUUGUGUGUCCUCAGGUCCAGUGUGGGUUUCAUCUGUUUUCACCGAGCUGCAGUUUUCCAGUAUUAAUAAUUGCUGUCCAAACAUACAUCAUAAUCCUCCAACAUUCUGCAGCCUGAAAUCAAACCUGCUUUCCAAGGACAGAAGGACACUCUGGCCCUGAUUCCUGGACUAAUUCUGUCACUCAGCUGGGACAGUUUCCUGUCUGCUGGGUCUGUUUGACCUCUGGAGGACACAUUAUUAGGUUCUCCUUCAGACCUGAACUACUUCCUGUUUACCUGAAGGCAUCUCAACCCCAAUCAACCAAUCAGCUUCCUGCUCAACAACAAUCUCCCUAAAUCUGACCUUAGAACAUUUCACUUUCAGCGCAAGUCUGACCUGUAUGAAGCCAAACUAGCAGAUAGAAUAGUCAUGAUGCUGCCACCGUGUUUCAUGUCAUGAUGCUGCUACCACCAUGCUUCACAUCAUGAUGCUGCCACCACCGUGCUUCACAUCAUGAUGCCGCCACCACCGUGUUUCACGUCAUGAUGCCGCCACCGUGCUUCAUGUCAUGAUGCUGCUACCACCUUGCUUCACAUCAUGAUGGCGCCACCACCGUGCUUCACAUCAUGAUUCCACCACCGUGCUUCACGUCAUGAUGCCGCCACCACCGUAUUUCAUGUCAUGAUGCUGCCACCACCGUGCUUCACAUCAUGAUGCCGCCACCACCGUGCUUCACAUCAUGAUGCUGCCACCACCAUGCUUCACAUCAUGAUGCUGCCACCACCGUGCUUCAUAUCAUGAUGCCGCCACCACCAUGCUUCACAUCAUGAUGCUGCCACCACCGUGCUUCACAUCAUGAUGCUGCCACCACCGUGCUUCAUAUCAUGAUGCCGCCACCACCAUGCUUCACAAUGGGGAUGAUGUCCAGCAAACAUAUCAUCUAGUCUAAUGGACCUAAAGCUCCAUCCUGGUCUCCUCAGACCAGGUGUCUUCAGUGUCCCCACAUGUCUUCUGGUGAACUCUAGUCCAGAUUUAAGCUUGGAGCUUUUUCCAUCAUAGUCUUUCUCUUUGUCUCCAUAAAGCUUUGACUGGUGAAGAACAGACAACAGUUGUUGGAUGAAAAGUCUGAAGCUGGAACUCCUUCAGAGGAAUCACAGGAGUCUUGGUGGCCUCCCUCUCUAGUCUCUCAGGUCUUGAGGACGUCCUGCUCUAGUCAGAUUUAUUCAUGUUCCAUCUUCCUUCCAUUCUUUAAUGAUGGAUUUAACUGGACUCAGAGUCUUCAGGAACUUUAAAUGUUCUUUUAUCGUCCUGACUGAUGCUUUUCAACAACCUUUCCUCAGAGUUUCUUGGUUCUUCAGUCUUCAAGGUGUAGUUCUAUCCAAAAGCUCUGAUCCACCAGAGACUGGACCUUCCAGAUUCAGGAGUUUUUAUUCUACAACCACUGACCUCAGAUCAUCCAUUAAUUACUGAUGAUUUCUCAAUGAGUCCCUUUUUUAGAUCUUUGUUUUUAAUCGUCUUUACUUUGUAUCCGUCCAAACCCAAAUCUGAUUAAUCAUAAUUCAAUGUUGAAAAGCAAUAAAAGGGUCAAACUUCCUAAAGGUGGUGAAUCUUUUUCAUCUCUAAGAGGAAACACGUCAGCAUCGUUUUCUUUUUUCUCGUCUUUCUAACCGAACAUGUUGGAUGUUUGUCAGCAGCCUCCAUCAGCGAGCAGAACAUUUGAGUGGGAGGUGACAAAGUGGGUGAAGAGUUUCAGCUGUGAGAGAAUAAAGAGUCCAGGCUGAAUCACAGUUAGUGAUCAGGACUGGAUGCUGGUUGGGUUCCAUGAAACUGGAGAUGAUGUCAGGACUGUCACUGAUUAGUUCUGAACGCGCAGAAUGUAACCACAUCCAGAGUGUGGAGUGAUUUAAUCUGAGCUGCUUCUCUCUGCGCUGGAACUCCAGUCCAACUGGGAUUCGAUGCGCUGGUUGCGUAAUUGAAGUGGGCACUUAGAUGCCAGCGAGACCCUGGAGCCAAACCUCCUCAGAAACCCUCCAUCAUGGCUGACUGAGCAUCCAGUGUCCCAGUAAAGCUGAAGGACCACCGAGGCUGAAUGCACGUCUGGAAACGUUAAAUCUUAGCUGCUGUCAGACAUAAAUCUACGGAUAUUUGGUUUCUCAACACGAGCCGACGAUGGAACAACAAUCUUCAGAAAUAUGAAAACUCUUUCAACAUCAGUCUGACCUGAAGUUUAACUCAAUAUUUUAGCUCCAAGAUUUCAGCAGAAUUUGAUUUCAAAACCGUGAAACGCAUCAUUUGCUCUAAAAUAUCUGAAAUAUCCAGAAAAAUAAGACUUUCCACAUCAUGAUGCUGCCACCACCAUGCUUCACAUCAUGAUGAUACCAUGCUUCACAUCAUAAUGCUGCCACCACCGUGCUUGACAUUAUAAUGCCGCCACCACCGUACUUCAUAUUAUGACACUGCCACCACCGUGCUUCACCUAAUGACGCUGCCUCCACCAUGCUUCACAUAAUGAUGCUGCCUCCACAGUGCUUCACAUCAUGAUGCUAUGAUGAUCUAUGCUUUCUAAAAAUCCUCAUCAAUACAGCUUUUUGUUGCUCUUUAAUGGGAUAAAAACAGAAAAAAAUGUAGAUUAUUGCUAAAAAAAAAAAAAAAAAAGGCAGACUGCAGUAAACUUUGUGGCAGGUGCAUCAUUGUGUGGGUUUUCCGAGGAGACUCACCUGGAUUCUGGUACAUUUAAACCAUCUGUGGCUCAUUAACUGAGUUUUAAAUGAUUCCUGCCUUCAGUGGGACGUUUAGAUUUAUUAAUAUGAACUGGAGGCUUCAUGCAAACUGCUUUAAUUAAUUCGCCACUUUUACAAAAUCUGCUUUAAAUUUUUAAACACUUCUUUAUUUGACACUUUGUCCUUAAAUCUUUGAAUCCGAAUGUUUUUCUUUCAUUUUUAUCAUUUUAAAGUUCCAUUUAAACCACUUUGAAUCGCGUGUAUGUGUGAAACAUAGAAUAAAAACUAACCUCCUUGUUCAUUGUUUGGUGGAGCUUCAGUCCUGAUUUACGUUAAUCUUUAAAUCCUCUAUAGGCCAACUUAACCUGCUCACUACUUUAUAGUUUUUAGCGGGUGUUUUUCCACAGAAAAACAUUAAAAAGGAAAAAAAAAUCCUCCUGAUGCAUGUUCUUAUUUUACUGCACAACUAAAUU